AUGUCCAUCUGGGAUUCGUUCGGUGGCCGCAAGCAGCCCAAGGGCUCCGAAUUCGACGCCUCGUCAGCCCCGGAUGCCAGCUCCUUCUUCUCAGACGUCGCCAUCCCCGACCCGACGCAGCUCCAUCCCCUGUCCGGCCUGAACCAGGAUACCCUUGACUACAUCACUCUCGAAGAUUCCGCCCUCGACGAGCUGCCCGGCUCGCGAUCAGUCCUACCGUCCCGAGGAUGGUCCGACGACCUGUGUUACGGCGCCGGCACCACUUAUCUCGCUGCGCUGACUGUCGGAGGAGCUUGGGGUUUGGCCGAAGGAUUGAAUAAGACCCCCGCGACUGCGCCCCCCAAGAUUCGACUGAACGGCGUUCUGAACUCGGUCACGCGGCGAGGUCCGUUCCUCGGCAACUCCGCCGGCGUGGUGGCCAUGGUAUACAACGGUUUCAACUCCGGGAUUGGCUAUGCUCGCGGCAAGCACGACUCUGCCAACAGCAUUGUGGCCGGUGCUCUGAGUGGCAUGAUUUUCAAGAGCACUCGGGGUCUGAAGCCAAUGAUGAUUUCCGGUGGCAUCGUGGCGACGAUUGCCGGUGGCUGGGCGGUUUGUGCUCCCUGGCUUGUCUUUUGA